GAGAGAGUAGGAUUCUCUUCCUUUCAUAGUUGCAACAAUGUUGUCGAUACUACUUUUACUUGUUUUGUGUCUAACUCUACCUUUACAUAUGUUCUUCCACAAACAUAAAACAAAUACAAAUAAUCCACCUGGUCCUAAAGGCCUUCCAAUAAUAGGGAAUCUUCUACAACUAGAUAUCUCAAAUCUUCAUUUUCAAUUUUCUCAAUUCUCAAAGAUAUAUGGUCCUUUGUUUUCACUUAAACUUGGUUUAAGACCAGCUAUUGUUGUUUCUUCAGCUGAAAUUGCCAAAGAAGUAUUCAAAAACAAUGAUCAUGUGUUUUCUAAUAGACCUAUAUCAUAUGGUCAAAACAUAUUGUGUUAUAAUGGGUCAGAAAUUGUUUUUGCUCCAUAUGGUGAUUUUUGGAGAGAAAUAAGAAAAAUUUGUGUUAUUCAUAUUUUUAGCUCCAAACGUGUAUCGUACUAUUCUUCUAUAAGAAUAUUUGAGGUGAAGAAAAUGAUCGAAAAAAUUUCAGGGCAUGCUGAUUCUUCAAGUGUUACAAAUUUGAGUGAGUUAUUGAUUUCACUCUCAAGUACUAUAAUUUGUAGAAUUGCUUUUGGGAAAAGCUAUGAAGAUGAUGAAAUUGAGAAGAGUAGGUUUCAUGGAUUGUUGCAUGAGUUUCAAGCUUUGCUUGCAACAAGCUUUUUUUCUGAUUAUAUUCCAUUCACGGGAUGGAUUGAUAAGCUCAGAGGAUUGCAUGGUCGUGUUGAUAGAAAUUUCAAGGAGUUUGAUGAAUUUUAUCAAGAGAUUAUUGAUGAACAUUUGGAUCCAAAUAGAGAACAUAUUACAGAUGAAGAGGAUAUUGUUGAUGUCUUGCUCGAACUCAAGAAAAAACGUUCAUUUUCAUUUGAUAUCAACUUUGAUCACAUCAAAGGGAUUCUCAUGGAUAUGCUUGUAGCUGCAACCGAUACCACAUCAGCAGCAUCAGUUUGGGCUAUGACUGCUCUAAUAAAAAACCCUAGAGUAAUGAGUAAAGUAAAAGAAGAAAUAAGAAAUUUGGGAGUUAAAAAAGAUUUUUUAUAUGAAGAUGAUAUUCAAAAUUGUCCUUAUUUGAAGGCUAUAGUUAAAGAGACACUAAGAUUACACCUACCAGCCCCACUACUUGUGCCAAGGGAAUCUAUUGAAAAUUGUACCAUAAGUGGAUACAACAUUCCUGCAAAGACAAUAUUAUAUGUAAAUGCUUGGGCUAUUCAGAGAGAUCCAGAUAUUUGGAUAAACCCAGAAGAAUUUUAUCCUGAGAGAUUCUUAGAAAGUUCUAUAAAUUUUAUUGGACAAGACUUUGAACUAAUACCCUUUGGAGCUGGUCGUAGAAUUUGCCCCGGUAUACCUAUGGCAAUCGCCUCGUUGGAACUUAUCCUUGCAAAUCUUCUCUAUUCAUUUGAUUGGAGCUUACCAGAUGGGUUGGUAAAAGAAGAUGUUGAUACAGAAAUGCUGCCAGGGAUCACUCAACACAAGAAGAAUCCUCUUUACCUUAUAGCCAAGAUCCCUAAGUAGAUACAUCCCUUUAUAUUAACUAUGUUGGUUUCUUUUUUGACUAAAUGUUAGUUUCUUUUAUUAUGCUAUGUUUGUUAGGAUUUUUAUGUAGUGUUCCUCUUUGAUUUUAAU